AAAUGUGCACUCAAUCUCAGGAACGGUCUGUCAAAGUGGUUGGAGCUGAUGGAAAAUGUUUUACGAUGUAAAACGGCGUUGAUCGACCUCGAUGACUCAGAAAAGACUACUUAUCGCGAUACAUUGAUGCAGGCUUAUAACUUCGUCUUUGAGUAUCAUCGAGGACUAUCGAAGCUGAUGACGGGUGCUUUGAAAAGGGAGUUUGCGGUUGCCUUGAAGGGACUCGCUCAUCAGUGGAUUAACUUCGUUCUGAACGUUUGUGAACCUGGCCACUGCUGUCGUCCGAGAUGGGCGAACGAUGGCUUGAACUUCCUCGCGUUUUCCGUCUCUCCGAAGUACAGCAUUCAUCUGACAUCUUUGGAAUAUCAAGAACUGAAAGACGUCAUCAAUCGUUGCAUCGUGCACGUUAUUGGUACCCGCACCCCGAUCGCUGUGGUGCCGCGGAUUCACUCUUGGGACUGCAACUUAUCAUGCAGCGGUUCGGUAGGUUGA